UUCCCUGUUGGACUCUGGGAGCGGCGUCUGGAACCGGGUGAGGAAGACCGCGCUAUGAGUUUGGGGACCUGAAAACUCCCUGGAGCCGCAGUCGCCGCGGGGCGGCCUGGGAAAGUCAGCAGCGCAGUGGCGGGAACCGCAGCCCGGUGGCCCUGGAGCCUCCCAGGGUUUGUUGACAUAUAGUGAUGUGACUGAAAUCCUUGUAAGCAUGGGAAUGCCUCGAGUUUCCUCACAGGGUUUUUUGCAGAGAUCUGUUGGAGAAGUACAGCACUCUGGGUUCUGAAGGUUUCAGUUACUCCUGCUCACCUGUGAAGCAGAACCAAGACCCCUGGGUGGUGAAGAGAGUGGAGACAGUAGCAAAGGAUCCAGGUAUCCCCAGGACUCAAGGAAGACCUAAGCCAUUCAAUGUGUCCUUACCGCAUUCAGCAAGGGUCAUGGGCCUAGUCUGGCUAAGCUGAAGGAGAGAACUGGCACCUGGUACCAAGACUUUCCAGAAAGCAAGGAGUAUAUAAGGAUUCCCAACCAGACACAGAAACUCAGAGGAGACCAACAAGAAGAAUGAGUGUUUUUCAGGUAAAUGCUCCUGAGACUCUAUUAACAUUCAGGGAUGUGGCUGUGGAUCUCUCGCAGGAGGAAUGGGAAUGUCUAGAUCAUGCUCAGAGGGCAUUGUACUUGGAUGUUAUGUUGGAGAAUUAUAACAAUCUAGUCUUUGUAGGCAACCAUUGCAUAUGUUAUAACUAUGAGAAAGUCUUGGAUCAAAGCUCAGAGCACAUUGUCCAUCAGCAGGUAUAUACCAAAGAGAAUCCUUAUAAAUACAAUGAGCCUGACAAAGGAAUUCAUAAAUUGUCCAAGUAUAAUCAUAAUGCUAGGGAUAAAACAAAAAUCUGCAACAAGUACAUAUUUGGUAACCACCGAAACUCUUCUGUUGAAUCAUUACACUUAUACAGCCACAAAUGUGGAAACCCUGAAGAAGAAGCUUGCAAAGUUAAUGACUGUGUAAACUGUUUAAAUUUGUGUUUCAUCAUUAGUCAGAAUCAAAGAGUACACACAGGACAGAAAGAACACAAAAAUACAGAGAAUGAUAAAUCUUUUGACCCUAAGCAUGAACUCAUGCUAGAAAGAACGAAUAGUGUGAGGAAACCCCACCAAAGCCAUAAAUGUGGAAAAUGCUUCAAGACAGACUCAAGCCUUAGUAAAUAUCAGAGAGGUCAUAAUAAACAGAAAUUCUGUAAAUGUACACAAUGUAGUAAAUCCUUUCUACAUUUGUCACAAGUCAAAGUACACUGCAAGUUCCAUUGUGGAGAAAAAACCUACAGUACAGAGUGUCCUAAGUGCUUUUCUCAUACAUCAGAAUUUAAAAGACAUUGCAGAUUGCAUUCUGGAGAGAAUACCUACAAAUAUAGUGAAUGUGACAAAUCCUCUUUCAGUACCUCAGAACAUAGAAUGCAUCCGAAAGUUCUUACAGGAGAGAAACCUUACCGAUGUAGUGAAUGUGACAAAUCCUUUACCAAGAAAGACCAUCUUCGAACUCAUCAGAGAAUCCAUAGACAGAAGGAUCCAUAUAAAUGUAAUGAAUGUCAAAAAUCCUUUACCCAGAAGAGCAGUCUUAGAACACAUCAGAGAAUUCAUAUAGGAAAGAAACCUUAUAAAUGUAGUGAAUGUGACAAAUCCUUUACCCAGAGAGGCCAUCUUACUAAUCAUCAGAGAGUCCAUACAGGAGAGAAACCUUACAAAUGUAAUGAAUGUGACAAAUCCUUUACCAAGAAAGACCACCUUAGAAUCCAUUACAGAAUUCAUACUGGAGAGAAACCGUAUAAAUGUAAUGAAUGUGAGAAGUCCUUUACUCAGAAGAGCAGUCUUAGAACUCAUCAGAGACUUCAUAUGGGAGAGAAACCUUACAAAUGUAGUGAAUGUGAUACAUGCUUUACCCAGAUAGGCCACCUUAGAAUUCAUCAGAGAAUUCAUACAGGAGUGAAACCUUACAAAUGUAGUGAAUGUGACAAAUCCUUUACCACGAAAGACCACCUUAGAAUUCAUCAAAGACUUCAUACAGGAGAGAAACCUUAUAAAUGUAGUGAAUGUUACAAAUCCUUUAUCAGUUGCUCAAAUCUUAGAAAACAUCAGCGAAUUCAUACAGAAGAGAAACCUUACAAAUAUAGUCAAUGCAAAAACUCAUUUCCCACAGAAAUCACCUUGAGAACACAUCAAAGAAUUUAUACAGGAGAGGAACUUGAUAAUGUAAUAUAUAAGGAAAACCCUUUUUUGUCUCUCAAGUCUACAGAAACAUCUGAAAAUUCACACAGGGGAGAAAAAUUUUCAUAGCAGAUAUUGUGGCAUAAUCUUUAUACUCUGCCUCAGCAAAACCUGAAGGAUGUACUGGUAUAUGGCAAUUUCUUGGAGACUGUAUUGAUCCAUAUUGGAUGAGAGCUGACUAAGACAGGAAAUAUACACCUCAAAAUAACUACAAGAAAUUCCUGAAGCUGACAGGAUUCAGUAUGCUUAACUCAAAUGGAAAAACUCAGAUCAUACUGCUCAAAUUUGAUAAAAUGAUCCACAAAGAUAGUAUGCUCUUAUACUUGAAGAAAUGCCUACAGGUGUACAGUAUGCUCCAGGUGUCCUGAAUUUUUAUGUUGUAUCCCAUGCUGACUUGGAGCUUCAUGGUUACAACUGUCUUUGAGUCCCCUGUGCUUCAGUAAAUAUCACUUUCUCAUAUUCCUCUAACCCCAAAAUAAAGCUGAU